AUUUAGAAAACAAAAUCAGAAGUCGUUUUCCAUGUUCUUCUUCUUCUUCCCGUGUCCCCACCAACAGCAAACAAACAAACAAACAAGCAAGAUUUCUAACAUGGCGUCCUAUUUUCCUCUUUUCCCAAUUGCCUCGCUUUAUUCAAGCUUCAUAAAUCUAUCUAUCUAUGCCUCCCCUGACGCUAACAUGGCGAAAACGGAGCCAGGAUCAUUUUCUGAGGGCAUCAUUACGCUUGAGUCUGUGAGGGAGUCGUUGAUCAGACAAGAAGAUACUAUUGUUUUUAAUCUUAUUGAGCGAGCUAGAUACCCGCGUAAUUCUCCUCUUUAUAAUCAGUCUUACUCCAUUCCUGGCUUCUCUGGUUCUUUGUUUCAAUACAUUGUUUCUCAAUCAGAGAACCUCUAUGCCAGGGCUGGGAGAUACGAAAACCCUGAAGAAAAUCCUUUCUUUCCUGAUAAUUUACCAGGUUCACUAUUACCACCUUACAACUAUCCUAAGAUUUUGCAUCCCCCAGCUGCUUCUAUUAACAUAAACAGCAACAUAUCAGAUAAAUAUUUCAAUCAAUUGCUUCCAGUUUUGGUUUCUGAUGGUGAUGAUGGCAACUAUGCAUCAACUGCCACCAUUGAUCUUCUCUGUCUACAGGCUCUCUCCAGAAGAAUACAUUAUGGAAAAUUUGUAGCUGAGGUUAAAUACAGGGAGGCCCCUCACCAGUAUGAACCUUUGAUUCGUGCUAAGAACAGUGAUGCUCUGAUGAAGUUACUGACAUUUGAGAAAGUAGAGGAGGAGGUGAAGAAGAGGGUUGAGAAGAAGGCAAUGAUAUUUGGGCAAGAAGUGACUCUUAGCAGCAAUGACACAAAAGGGAAGCGCAAGAUUGAUCCAUCAGUACUUUCUAAGCUUUAUGCAGAUUGGGUAAUUCCUCUUACCAAGGUUGUUGAAGUUGAGUACCUCCUCCACAGACUAGAUUGAAUUUGAGACAGCUCCUAUUUUCUGUUCUUGUUCACUGGAAAUAGAAAUUUUCCAUUCACUGUAACAGAAAUCAUCUAAUUGGACAUGGCUGAUGUACAGCCAGGCUAUUCAGUCGUGUAUGCUUAAACCUCCUCUUUGAUCAAUAAAUUGCAAAUACUGC